AUGCCGACCCGGAAAUCCACCUCCGACGCCCCAACCGACACCGACGGCCCCUCGCCGCAACCGCAGACGCAAACCUCCCCAGUCCAGAACGUCCAAGCCACAGAGCAGCAGCUCAAAGCUCGCGCCGAGGGCGUGAGUAUAGAGGACUAUCUCCUCCCGCGGUCGCUCACCCUCCGACUAGCGAAAGCGGUCCUGCCCCCCAACACAGCCAUCCAGAAGGAUGCGGUGCUAGCGAUCCAGAAGGCGGCGACGGUGUUUGUGUCGUAUCUUGCUUCGCACGCAAACGAGGCGACGCUCAAACGAACGGUUACCCCUGCGGAUGUCUUCGCCGCGUUGUCCGAGUUGGAGCUUGAGGCGUUCCAGCCUAGGCUUGAGAAGGAGUUGGAGGCGUUUACGGAGCUGAAGGCUGGGAAGCGGAAGUCGAGGAAGUCUGGGGCGGGGGAUAAUGCUGAGGCUGGGGCGGUGCAGCAGGGUCCCCCCAAGGAAGAUGACGAGGAGAGCGCAGUGCACGAGGCGAAGAGGGUGAAGCGGGUUGAGGCGGUGGGAUCGUCUAGUGCUCAGGCUGGGGAUGAGGAGGAGGAUGAAGAUGAUACGCAGGAGGAACAGGAGCACGGGUUGGAGAAUGAGGAGGAAAUUGAGGAAGAUGAGGAGGACGAGGACGAGGAUGAGGACGAAGAGGAUGAAGAUGAGACACAAGAAGAGGACAUUGAUCGGGUGGAAGAUCUGGAUCGCGAUUCGCGACCGAGGCGGAUGAUGGAUCCUGAUGCUGCGGAUGAGACAGAGAGCGAAGACGAGUAUGGGCCUGGGACGCAGCUGCAGAGUGGGCUGGGUUUGGGAUAG